GUCUGUGAGGAUGGACGGACACACACCGGGCCCGGGGCAGCCGGGGGAGGGAGGGCCUGAGCCACCGCCACCCAGGGCAGCCGGGAUCCGGGUACUCAAGAGGAACAUGAAACGCAGCGGGAGCAGGAACUGCCUGAGCCAGAAGAGCUGCCUGGGAUCCCGGGAGAGAGAGUGGCUGAGGGAGGAUCCGAACAGGGGAUGUGUGUAUGUUUAUGCAGCAGAUCAGGCCAGCUCGGUCCCCGACCUGCACGUGGUUCUCUGCACAGUGGACACAUCGGCCCUUGAAAUCUGUGCUAGUGAGGGCAAAGAAGGCUUGUACGUACAGCUCAAUGGAGACCUGGUCAGGAAGCUGGACCCACAGGAGCGGCCGCUGCACAUGAUUUACACAUACCUGGCGGAUUUGGGUUUCCAGGACGCUUCACGGAUCCAGGAAGAAGCCGCAUACUCGGACCUCAGCUGCAUGAUCCGAUUUUACAGCGAGAAACCCAGUCCACUGGAGCAGCUGGACAGAAUUCUGCUGUCUGGAGUAUUCAAUGUGCGUAAAGGCAAAACACAACUGCACAAAUGGUCUGAGAGAUUGGUGGUCCUCUGUGGAACAUGCUUAAUUGUGUCUUCCGUGAAGGAAUGUCAGACGGGAAAAAUGCACAUUCUACCCCUUGUAGGUGGCAAGAUUGAGGAGGUGAAGAGAAGACCGUUGUGCUUGGCAUUCUGCUCGGCUGAAGCCCAGGCUCCGACUUACCACAUUAGCUUUGAUUCGCCCACAGACUAUCAGCGAUGGCACCGCCAGGCAACCAAGGUGGUAUCUCAGAGACUCAGCACUGUGGAUCUCUCGUGUCAAAGCUUGGAAGAGGUUCCGGAGCACCUCUUCUACUGCCAAGAUAUCACAUCGUUGAAUCUACGCCACAACUUCAUGCAGCUGGAGAGUCCUGGUGGGGUGAACAGCCUGUGCAGGUUCUCACAGCUGAGGGUUCUCAACCUGUCCCACAAUAAACUGGGAGAGUUCCCGUUGCAGAUUUGUGAAAUUCCUAACCUGACGGAGCUGAAUCUGUCUUGUAAUAGACUCUCCCAGCUACCCGCACAGAUUGGUCAAUUGCUCAGCCUUCAGACGUUGAUCCUGGAUGGGAACUCGCUGACCUCAGUACCUGAAGAACUGGGUUGUCUGCAGCACCUCUCCACCUUCGGCCUUUCUUUCAACGAUUUUAGCAAUAUCCCCAAGGUCUACGAGAAACUCUGCUCCGUGGAAAAGCUGUGCAUGGCCGGUAACUGCGUGGGAAUGUUGAGCCUCCAGAUGCUAAACAACAUGCCGCACUUGAAGCAUAUAGACCUGAGAAUGAAUCUUCUUCGGCAGGUCAUGGGGGGCAGCAUGGAGUGUAUAAAGCAUAUCACCUACUUUGAUGUCCGGGACAAUCGGUUGACAGAACUCGAUCUGAGCUGCUUGGGAAGUCUGGAGCAGCUCCAUUGUGAACGGAAUCAACUCAAGGAGCUGAAACUCUGUGGCUUUUCUCUGCGAGCCAUUUAUGCCAACUCCAACCGUUUGACAUCCAUGACUGUUUUUGUGGCCCCUGCUCUGCUCGCUUCUGCAGAUUUAUCGAGGAAUUGUUUGGCUGCAGUUCCAGAAUGGGUGUGUGAGUCGAAGAAGCUGGAAGCUUUGGAUCUCAGCUGGAAUCUCCUGACAGAGGUUCCAUUGAGGCUGAUGUGUAGUCAGAGUCUCCGGAAGCUGGCUGUGGGACAUAACCAGUUGAAGAGCUUGCCAAAUCCCGUGGAGAACAUUUCCCUGGACACGCUGGAUGUGCAGCACAAUUCUCUAAGCCACCUUCCCGAUGCUCUUUUCUCAAUGGCGUUAAAUCUCAGGUUCCUAAAUGCGUCUGCAAAUUUUCUGGAGACCCUUCCCUCUGCGAGUUAUGGGGAGGACACGAUCAGCCAGCUCCAAGUUCUCUAUUUGACUAAUAACCGGCUCACGGAUCAGUACGUUCCAGUACUGACUGAACACCUCAACCUCAGGAUUCUCCAUCUGGCUUUCAAUCAGCUUGAUACCUUCCCAGCAAGUAAACUCCAUAAGUUGGAACAGUUAGAGGAGCUCAAUCUCAGUGGGAAUCGCCUGAGGACCAUUCCAAGCACGGUGUCCAACUGCAAGCGACUGCACACACUGUCCGCUCACUCCAACUGCAUCACAGUGUUCCCAGAAAUCUUCAAUCUGCCGCAUAUCCAGCUGGUCGACCUGAGCUGUAACAGCUUGACGGAAAUUCUGCCCCCGGAAACUCUCCCUCCGGCCCUGCAUGAGUUGGAUUUGAAAGGGAACCAUGACCUGGCCCUCACACACCAGCUCCUUGAUAUCUUCAGUCAUAUCUCAAUAUUGAAAAUAGACCAUAAACUAUUUCCGAGCGCAGACCUGGCUGCGCCAAAUACCCCGUGGCGUCAUGGACUCGCAGAGAUGUCUGGACAGAGGAACAAACUCUGCGUAUCGUCCCUUGCCGUGGGUGACUUUGCCGAGGGAGUGGAGGCAUUGUACGGCGUAUUUGAUGGAGACCGAAAUGAGGAGGUUCCACGACUGUUGCAGUGCACUAUGGGUGAUGUACUUCUGGAAGAAAUGCAACAGUCCAGCAGUGAUCGAACCUUCAUGUGCCACACCUUUCUUGUGUCACACAGGAAGCUAGGAGUGGCAGGUCAGAAGCUGGGUUCUUCUGCCCUUCUCUGUUACAUCGGACACGGAGCAGCAGACCACAAUAGCGGUUUCUCUCUAACUGUAGCCAACGUGGGGUCAUGUAAAGCGGUACUGUGUCGGAACGGACAACCUCUGUCUCUCUCUAGAGUGUUUUGUUUGGAGCAUUGCCCUGAGGAUCUGCUAAAGAUUAAGGAACAAAAGGCAAUUAUCACAGAGGAUAACAAAGUAAACGGAGUAACCUGCUGCACUCGUAUGUUGGGUUGUACUUAUCUUCAUCCGUGGGUACGGCCCAGGCCUCAUGUCACUACAGUAGCACUUAGUGUUCAAGAUGAGCUUUUGAUUCUGGGGAAUAAAUCUUUGUGGGAGUAUGUGUCCCCUGAGGAAGCUGUAAAAGCCAUUCGCCACCUUCCCGACACACUGGCUGCUGCCAAGAAACUUUGCACUUUAGCACAAAGCUAUGGCUGCCCAGAUAACGUCGCUGCCCUGGUUGUUUUUCUUAACAUCGGAGAGGAUGCUUGCACUUGUGAAAUGCACACACUUACUUUACCUAACCCCUCUGGUUCAAACUCUACAAAAGAAUCUCCUGACUCGGCAACUCCAUCUUCCAGCAGUGGCAUUGCAUCAGAGUUCAGCAGCGAGAUGUCUGUCUCUGAGGUCAGUAGUGAGGUCGGGUCCACAGCCUCUGAUGAGCAUGCCAUGGCUGGUUUAGACUGUGGCGUCAUCCCUCGGACUGAGAGGCGCUGCAGUUUACAUCCCAUUCCAUCAGCAGGCACGUUCCAGCGGCAGCCAUCUUGUGCUACUUUCUCCAGCAACCAGUCUGACAAUGGUUUGGACAGCGAUGAUGAGCUACAAGCUGAAGGCAUCAUUACCAAUGGCAGUAGAGUAGAGGUGGAAGUGGACAUUCACUGCAGCAGACAGCAGACACCUGAGGUUCCUUGCACCAGCACUGUUCAUGGUCCAGAAGAUGACAGUGGAGGGAUCUUUGUUCAGAUUCUUCAACAAAACAGCCUAAACCAUAAAAGUUCAUCUCUUUUAAGCCAAGAAAAGGACGACAUGCCUCCAACCAUGUCUGGAUCAUGCAUGUAUAGGAAGAAGCACUCCAAUGGCUCUGUUGUGCCUCUAGAAGAAAUUCUUAACCUAAUUGAAGUUGCCUCUGAGGCCCCUAAAAGAAAGACUGGUUACUUUUCUGCACCUUCUCAGAUGGAUCCCGAUGACCAGUUUGUGGUUCCCCCUCACUUGCAGCAUGAAGUACGGGAGCAGUUGGGUGAAGUAGAACUUGCAGCCCAGGACAAAAUCAGCGGACACGAAGAGUUCGACACAGCGUUGUAACUUUCUGGGCAGGACAUUGAUUGGAUAUGGGAUGUUUAAAGAGAUUUAGACUCCUAGCAGCUACACUAACCAAUACUCUGAAUUGCACAUUUUUAGAAGCUGACCAUGUUAGUUGUAGUUUGCUAUGGUCCUUUCCAUUGACCAUGCCCCCCAUAAAGUAUAUAUAUUUUUUUGCAUUCUAAUGCACAAUGACAUUCCCUUCGCCCUACACCUGUUGUGAAUGGCAGGUUGAACAGCAAACCACUGCUUACCUCUUAAUCCUCACCCUUUUUCGAAGCCAAAUACCAUUUCAUUUUUAUUUCUUCAAGGUUUAAAUCUGAGCCACUGGAAAAAUGUGAAAUAUAUAUAUAUAAUUUGUGUAUGUUUGCAAGUCUUGUUUCUACCCUAUAAUUAUGAAGGUGCACCCACCAUAACUACAGCUUUUUCCACUUGUUGCCGGGAGUGACUCCAGAUGCGUGGUAUGGCGUGAUUUGCCCAAUGCACCGUUUUAAUGUUGAAUGUGACAAUCCCAGUCAUGUUUGUUGAGUUAAUUGUUUGUUUUUUUUCUCUAAGAGAACAAAGCCAAUUGUGAUCAAUAUUUUAUUAAUAAGGCAGCUCACCGCACUUUCAAUUUAGUUUUACAUUCUCAUCAUGUUUUAACAAAACAAAACUGCUUUCCAGCAUGCUUCCGUUCCCAACGCAAGUUCGUUUAUUUUUCUUUCACAUAUUUAUUAAUCAAUCUCUGGCUGCUUUAAUUCUGGGUACCAGAGAGGGAUCAUGGGAAACCUCAAGAGAAGUUUUGCACUUUAGGUGGACGAAUCCCACAACGAAUACAGUCAGGGAGUUGACUCCUUUAUAACUUGGACUCUGGUAGUUCAAGGAAGGGAUUUGGACCCUUUUCCAAGCAAUGUGAUCUAAACAGCCCCUUUAUUCUUAUACAGGACUAGGUAGAGGAAAAGACGUGAAAAUCCCUCUUUUUGCCCUCGCAGUUCAAUACAGCCCCCUUAGCUAAGUUAUGGUUUCAAACCAUUUUAUUUGGGUUUAAUUUGAUUGAUACGUUGUAAAACAUGUUAAUUAAAUAUUAGAAAAAUUUAGAAAAAUCAAAGUUCUGUUAAUAAAAAUAUUGUGGGCUUU